AUAUAAAGAACAGGCAAGUCCGAACCAAACCCGAACAAAAAAAAAAAAAAAAAAAAAAGACGAGUUUUUCUUUUGGUGUGUGUGUCAACUUUCUAUUCUUCCUUUUCUCGUGCUGUCCUCACGGGAUCUCUCACAGGACUCUCGCGACUAAAAAAGCAAAAGCAAAAGAAAGAAGAAGCGUAGAUUCCAUAAAUGGACAUGAGAAGCAACAACCACCAGCAACAACAGCAACAAGUACUUGAUGGGUCGGACAUAGUUGAGCUGGUCGAAAACGAGAAAGUAUUCGACAAAUUUGUGGAACACAAGUUUCAACAGUUAGAUCAAGACGAAGAUGGUGAGCUCUCCGUGACGGAGUUACAGCCCGCCGUUGCUGAUAUCGGCGCCAUCCUUGGUUUGCCUACUCAAGGCACUUCCUCUGAUUCCGAUCAUAUCUACUCCGAGGUCUUAAACGAAUUCACUCAUGGGAGUCAAGAGAAAGUGAGCAAGACAGGGUUCAAAGAAGUGUUGUCAGAUAUCUUGUUGGGUAUGGCUGCUGGUCUGAAACGCGACCCCAUCGUCAUCCUCAGGAUGGACGGUGAGGAUCUCUCGGAGUUUAUUCGCAGCCCUGGAUACGAAUCUGAGAUCGUCUCCGUCUACUUUUCGGAGAUCCCCAGUUGCGAGGAAGCAUCAUCGCUCCGUGAUUGUAUCGUCAAAGCUCUCCAGUCUCUUUCUGUUGAUCAUGGAAUGCCUCCUUCCAACGAUCCAUGGGUAAUGAGCAACAUCAUAGAACCAAUCGUUGACUCUUGUCUCGAUGAAGAAGAUAAGAAAGAGAAGAGCGUGUCUCAGGAAAGAUUCUUGGAAGCAUUCAAGAGAGUCGUGGAGAGAGUGGCUCAGCGUCUCAAUGAACAGCCCGUGAUUGUCGCCCACAGCGAAAACACCUUCGAUGGGAGCGGUAUCAAGAGGCUCUUGUCCAAUAAAUUUGAAUUCGAUAAGGCAUUAAACGUUGCCUUGGAGUUAAUCCCAAAAGACCGUCACGGUAAGGUGUCUAAAGAGUAUCUACGGGCUGUGCUCGACACUGUUGCACCAUCUGCGACUUUACCACCAAUAGGUGCGGUGUCCCAGAUGGAUGAUAUGAUAAUGGAAGCGUUGAAGAUGGUGAAUGGAGAUGAUGGAAAGUUGGUGAAAGAAGAGGAGUUUAAAAAAACAAUGGCAGAGAUAUUGGGGAGUAUAAUGUUGCAGCUUGAGGGUUGUCCGAUCUCGGUGUCCUCUAACUCGGUGGUUCACGAGCCGCUCACCUCCUCCACCUUUCUGCCGCCGCCUCCGACUGAAACAGCCGAGCCUUCUAUUUAAUUAAUAGUCGUUCAAAUGGGGAGAAACAACAACAACAAAAGGUUAUGGUUUUGAGUUUUUAAUUACCCCCCUAAGUUUUAGAUAUUUGAGGAAACCAUCUUACUUUUGGAUGGAUAAGAAAAAAGCAUCUUCAUUUCUUUUCUUAUACAGAUUCAAAGUUUGUGGUUUCCUCGUAUGGGAGUGGUGAUUAUACUCAUGCCUUGUUUUUUUUUUUUAAUCAUGGGAUGCAAUGUUAUUUUGUUUCAAAUCAUGUAUGUUAACUACUUUUACUUUGGUAGGUAACGAAAUGCACGCCAAUAAAUCUCCUUCGCUCACGAAAUAUUUUAUAUCAGUUCUAUCGUUAUUUGUCUACACUUAAAAGCCUCAACCGUUUUAGAGUUACG